AUGUUGCCAGUUUUUCCAAACAUGCCAGCAACUUUACCAAUCUAAUACUGUUUUUACCUCUAUUUUUCACCUUGAUGUUGCUUGGUGACUUGGCAACUUUUUGGCAUUUUAGGGGCAAGGAGAAGCAGCAAAGGUCUCUAGCGCAUUUUAAUUUAUAUUAUAAGUUUUGGGGGGGUGUUAUCUUUUAUUCAGAAAUGUUUAAUAUCAAAUAGUAAUCUGUUUUUAACAUCAGGUAAUGCCAAUACUCUUGCUGUGUCUUUCACAUUAAACAGUUUAAAACAUUUUCAAACCAAACUGGCUUUACCUAUAUUUGGAUAGCAGGAUUUCAGGAUCUCCAUGAAAGCAGGAAGUUUCUUUUUAUGGUUGUACUACUUAUAUACGUUGUUAUUAUCACUGGCAACUUGUUGGUAGUGUCUGUGGUAUUCAGUGACAGUCGUCUUCACUCUCCAAUGUACUUUUUCCUUGCUCAUCUCUCGUCAUCUGAAAUUAUAUUUACCACCAACAUUCUGCCCAAUUUCUUAAAUGUUUUGUGGGAGGAUGGGGGCAAAAUGUCUGUUUAUGGAUGUUUUACACAGUUCUAUCUCUGUGGGUCUUUACCUGCCACAGAGUGUUUUCUCCUUACAGUGAUGUCCUAUGACCGAUACGUAGCCAUAUGUAAGCCAUUACACUAUGCCUCUAUCAUGAAAUUCAGUUUCUGUAGGCAAAUAGCUGCCUGCUGCUGGAUUGGAGGGUUCAUUUCUAUGAUGACAACUCUUAUUCUGGUUUGUCAGCUGCAUUUCUGUGGUCUCCAUUUUAUUGACCAUUUCUUUUGUGAUUUUGCACCAAUUCUGGAACUUUCAUGCUCAGAUACAUCUGCUGUUAAGCUGGAGACUUUCAUUUUCACAUCUUCUGUGACUCUUUUUCCAUUUAUGUUCAUCACCGGCACCUAUAUCGCUAUCAUUAUUACUGUUGUUAACAUGCGCUCUUCUACUGGAAGGCGAAAAUCAUUUUCUACUUGCAGUUCUCACUUAGCUAUUGUUUCUUUAUAUUAUGGCACGCUAAUAACUGUCUAUGUGAUACCUACCAGAGGAAAAUCUAAGAUUGUUAAUAAGGUUGUGUCUCUAAUGUAUUCUAUAGUGACGCCACUAUUAAAUCCUAUAAUAUACAGUUUAAGAAAUAAAAAAAUAAAGACUGCCUUAAGAAAUGUAAUUAGCAAUUAA